GAGCUGAAGGGCUUCAACUCGGUGGAUGACCUUCUCCACGUCAAAGGCAUCACCACCCGCAUCUUGGAGCUGAACAGCCAGCGGAUGAUGUGCCGCCGGCGGCCGGGCAGCGAGGAGGCUGCGAGGGGGGGCCCGGCUCUGCCCGGGGACAGCCAAGCUCCCGUGCCCCAGGUGGUGGCUGAGGUGGAGGAAGACGAGGAGGAGGAGGGGGAUGGUUCGGGCGCCUGGGAGCCAGGGCGCGCUGGGAAGGGGAGCCCAGCAUCAGGACCAGGGGCCAAUGUCUCUGGGGAGGACAGCGGCAACAUCUACUUCUACUACACCAUCGGGGAGCGGUGGAUUGACUACCUGCAGCGGACGGAGGAUGGGGCCCUGCUCCGGCACGUGCGCCCCAAGAUGAAGCGCAAGUCGGAGAACGGGCUGGACGGCCGAGCCCUGUCCCCUGGCAAGAAGCUCCGCAAGGGCUCCGAGUACAGCAGGACGCUGGGUCCCUGCACGCCCAGCCCCACCACCACGUUCGGGGACCUGCGCAACGCCAAGUCAGGGCAGGCCCGCCGCCGCCACAUCCCCUCGGUCGUCCCCCCGCCCGAGCUGCAGGACUGGCUCCGCACCUUCCAGCGGUGGAGCGGCCCGGAGAAGCUGUUGGCUCUGGACGAGCUCAUCGACCGCUGUGAGCCCUCCCAGAUCAAGUACAUGAUGCAAGUCAUUGAGCCCCAGUUCCAGCGAGACUUCAUUUCCCUGCUGCCCAAGGAGCUGGCCCUCUACGUCCUCUCG